CUUGUGCUCUUGUAUUGAAGAACAACUUCUGAACCGGAAACAAAAGUUAGUAAGACUAGCAGGUAAAAACUUGACAUGCAUUAGCAGCUAGCUGGAUGGGAGGAGAGGGAGUCAGGCGGAGACAAACAUGAACAAGCUGAAGUCCUCACAGAAGGAUAAAGUUCGCCAGUUUAUUAUUUUCACCCAAUCCAAUGAGAAGACUGCACUGACUUGUCUGUCACAGAAUGACUGGAAACUAGACAUUGCCACAGACAAGUUUUUCCAAAAUCCAGAGCUCUAUGUUUCAAAUCUAAAGGGAGCCUUAGACAAGAAGAAGCUCGAGCAACUGUACAACAGAUAUAGAGAUCCCCACGAUGACAACAAGAUUGGCAUUGAUGGGAUUCAGCUGUUCUGUGAUGACCUCGGUUUGGAUCCAGCCAGUAUUAGCGUUCUGCUUAUAGCCUGGAAGUUCAGGGCAGCUACACAAUGUGUGUUUUCAAAGCAGGAGUUCAUAGAUGGCAUGGCUGAGCAGGGGUGUGACAGUGUAGAAAAGUUAAAAGCUCAGCUACCGAAAAUGGAGCAGGAACUUAAGGACCAGGGGAAAUUUAAGGACUUUUACCAGUUUACAUUUAAUUUUGCAAAGAAUCCUGGCCAAAAAGGUUUAGAUUUAGAAAUGGCAAUUGCCUAUUGGAAUUUAGUUCUGGCUGGAAGAUUUAAGUUCCUGGAGUUGUGGAAUACAUUUUUAGUUGAGCAUCACAAAAGAUCAAUUCCUAAAGACACAUGGAACCUCUUAUUAGACUUCAGCACAAUGAUCACAGACGACAUGUCAAAUUAUGAUGAGGAAGGAGCGUGGCCUGUCCUCAUCGAUGAUUUUGUCGAGUUUGCACGACCUCACAUCGGCACUAAAAGUACGGCAGUUUAAGAGCCCUCUCCUCUGAAUGAAGAGGUUUCUACAAAAUAUGGAGUGCGGUGCAGAGAGAGGACAGGAGGUCCAAACUAAGCUGAGAACUAUGUUGCCUUUUCAACCCUCAGGACUGAAAUAUUUUACACAGCAGAGACUUUAUAUAUGUGAGCAUGUACAUAUAUAAGAAGGCAUAACUAUGUUGUUCAACUUGUGCUGGUUCAGACCUUUUAUCUAAAGUAUUAGAGAGUGUUUUUUUUUUAUUAUUAUUUUGUUGGUUUUUUUUUGUGCGCUCAUGCCAACUACAGAGGACUCGUCACAUUUGCCCACGUGUGGGGGCUUUAAACAGGACGAUUUUGGAAAUAAAACACAGUGGUUUUGUAGGGGGAACGUGAUCUUUAAAUAAUGAAUUUUAACUUGUCUAUUUUUUGAUUUAUUUUUUUUCCUUUUAUUUUGUGUGACAAGUCGAUACAAAACAUUGAUUGUAAUUUUUUAAGGAUAAUGCUGUUUGAACACAAAUGUACAACAUUAAAAUAAAUGCUUGAAUUUGGGAUCUUUAUAAAGUUAUCAGAUCCACUCCAACGCAAGAUUUUAAAUCUGGAAUUUUUUAGAAAGUCAAUUUUUUUGGAGAAUAAAAAAAUUAAUUUGA